AUGUUAGUACAGAAAAUUAUUUCCAUUUUGGAACGUUUUGAGAAUCCAAACUAUCCUGUAUUUGGUCCCAAUAUUAGAGCUCUUUAUUGGCUUGGUAUGUGGCAAGAUGAAAACAAACAUCGAAACUCAUUCUUUAAUUUUGUAUACCUUUUUACCGUACUUUUUGUUGUAAGCGAAUUCGUAGAACUGUACUUUGAGAGAAACGAUCCGAUGAAAGUUCUUUUAAAUAGCUCGGUCGCGAUUUCAACUGUCGUCACAGUAAGUAAGGUUAUAGUUUUUUUAUUUAAUCUUAAACGCUGGAAAGUUCUAGUAGAAAAUAUAUCUAGAGAAGAAAUUUCAGCUCUAGAAAAUAACGACCCAAAAGUCGUUGAAUUAAUGAAAGGGUACAAAAAAUACGCACGGAUCAUUACUUACUCCUAUUCAUCAGUCGUUUUAAUGACAAACUUUGCAGUAGUCUCGUUACCGUUUAUUAAAUAUCUUACUGUUCCUUCUUAUCGUGAAAUGAUAAAAGAUGGAACUGAGCCAUAUCCGCAAAUUUUUAAUUCUUGGUUCCCUUUUGAUAAAACAAAAAUGCCGGGAUACGUACUAGUUGUUCUUGUUCACGUCGGAAUAUCCACCUUAGCAGCCGGUGUCACGGCAUUUUAUGAUUCAACAGCAACUGUUGUCAUGGUAUUUUCGAAAGGCCAACUGCAAAUACUGCGAUAUAAAUGUGAGCAAAUUUUCGGUGAAAGUGAAAACAUCUCAAGGAAUGAAGUUAUGAACAACAUAAAAGAGUGUCAUCGCUUACACAACUUUAUUGUAGAACAACACAAUACAUUCAACACAAUCACUGCACCAGCGACGUUUGCUUAUGUUCUGCUCUGCUCUAUAAUGAUUUGCUUCAGCAUUGUGCGACUGAGCAUGAAAGAAGUAGCGUUUUCGCAAAAAAUUAUGGUACUUGAAUUUACUUUCUUCCUAACCUUCGAACUUUUUUUAUUCUGUUGGCAUAGCAACGAAAUGGCUUACGAGAGUGACAAUGUUGACCAGGGAGUAUACUCCAGUAAUUGGUGGAGAGGUGAUGUUCAUCUCCGAAAGCAAGUCUUGUUGCUGGCUGGAAAGUUAUCACCUAGGCUUAUACUGGAUGCGGGUCCGUUUACGACAUUCUCUACGUCUACUUUUAUUAACAUUAUAAAAGCAUCAUACAGUUUUUAUACACUAUUCACACAGAAUAUUCAUGAUGAUUAAAAUUAAAUUUUCUUUUUAUCGGAAUUCUUCGUAUUGUACUAAAUAUUCUAUACACGAUUACUUCGUUAUACGCACUUUAUACACUUAUUCUGCUUUCGAGUCAAACGCAGUUGAACUACGAAACGACUAUAUUAAUUUUAUUAACAAUAUUUGAUUGUAUUUAGUUUUCUAGUGUACGACUUUACAGUGAAUAAAUAUACUAAGACAC